AUGCGGCUACUUUGGAGUCUCGAACAGAAGAAAGAGGAAGGUGGAUGUUUCGGUAUCCUCUGCGACGCGAUGCAGACCUCGCUGUUGAAUCUUUGCGGUCCAUCGCUUCGGGACGAUUUCAACGCUCAACGUUCACUGCUGACAAAACUGGACAUGAUUUCGAACAAACUGAAACUGGAGACCAAGGAGAGCUGCAAAAUCCAGCUUCUCAAGGAGGAACUGAACGUUCUUGACGGCGAGCUUCUUCAGCAUCACGUCCGAAUCCCAUUCCGGCCCGGCUUGCUGUUGGCUGGCGUCGAUGCGCGCAGGUCGAAGUUCUACCAUUCGCUCAAUCAGCCGCUUCGCAUCUGCUUCCAAAGCGUUCGUUUAUCUUUCGACCUUAUCUUCAAGAGCGGUGACGACCUUCGGCAGGACGCGAUGGUCUUGCAGCUGAUGAGUCUGAUGGACUACCUGUGGUUACGUGAUGGAUUGGACCUGCGGAUGGCCAUAUUCAACACUCUCUCGACCGGAAACAAAAAAGGCACGUUUAAUGGUUGGACGAUCCGGGUUUUUUACAUCGAAAAAACAGGCACAAACUUGAAUUGCGUAUUAUUGGUUAGCAAAACCGAAAGUACUAAGUUUAUUGCAGGAAUUUUGGAAGUAAUGAAGGAUUCGAAAACUCUGAGGGAAAUUCAACUCGAAGAAGGUGGUGUUGCUGGUGUGUUGCGGGACGAUUUGAUCAAGCGGUGGCUACAAAAACAAAACUCGUCAGAGUUGGACUACGAAAUUGCGUUGAGAAACUUCCGCGGUUCUUGCGCGGGCUGGUGCGUUGGAACCUAUAUUUUGGGUGUUUGUGAUCGGCAUAACGACAAUAUUUUGAUUACGCCCAGGGGGCACUUGUUCCACAUCGAUUUUGGCAAAUACCUGGGCGAUGCGCAGAUGUUCGGUUCUUUCAGACGCGAUCGUGUGCCGUUCCUGUUGACCAGUGACAUGUUCUACGCGAUUAACGCGGGCCAGACCGACAAAACGGCUUAUUUUCAAGAGUUCGUGGACCUUUGCUGUCAAUCGUUCAAUAUCGUGCGAAAACACAGUGUGCUGUUUGUGAAUUUAAUCAAAUUGGUAAGCGUGAAAUGGUAG